AUGGCAACUACAACUGUCAACGCAACUUGCGCUUGCAAAGCCUUCACAUAUGCAAUCGAGUUCCCCAAUUCGAGUCUCCCCAAAAGUCGAGCUUUAUGUCUAUGUACAAUGUGCCGGCAAGAAACUGGUUCUUGCGGUAUCUCAUACAUUAGGUUACCCUCAGAUCAUACUCUCGACCCCGCAGAGUAUAACCUCAUCAGUUUCACCCCAAAGCCGAGCUUUACUAGAUACUUCUGUUCGACUUGUGGCUCCCACGUUUUGUUUUCAUAUAAUGGACAUGACGGCAAUAGCUGGCAUAUGUCUACCGGGAUAUGGGACAAAACAGAAGGAAUAGUCAAUUGGACAGGCACCAAGUGGAUUGAGGGAACAUUGGAUGGCGGGAUAUCCGUAUGGCUGAAGGAUAUUGAAGAUCAAAACGGUACAAAAAGAGCUUUGCCAAGAUGUUUAUUCAACGAUGGGGAUGGGAAAGAACUGAUUGCGGAAGGUGCUCUCCAAACACUUCCUCCACGAGAACGAACCAAAGAACAGGAUGAAAAGUUACAAGCACGAUGCUACUGCGGUGGUGUGAAAUUCUACAUCACACGACCAAACGAUAACUCAAAGAAGGCAGAAUCCCCAUACUCAGAUUUGAUAGUACCAUUUCACUCGGGCUCCAAUGCGAACCCAGAGAAGGACCCGUGGUUCUUGCGCAGCAAUGAUACAAAAUAUCUCGCCGGGUUAUGUACUUGUACAUCUUGUCGUGAAAAUUCCGGCUUCGAGAUACAGCCUUGGGCGUUUGUGCCAAAGUGCAAUAUUUUCAAGGAAGAUGGGACCCCUCUAGACUUUGAUUUUGGAACCUUGAAGCGGUAUGGAAGCUCUGAAGGAGUCAUGAGGGAGUUUUGUAAGGUGUGUGGCGCCACGGUAUUUUGGCAUUGCGAUUGGAGACCGAGUGUGAUUGAUGUGAGCCCUGGAUUGUUGGAUCCAGAGGAAGGUGCAAGGGUGGAAAGCUGGUUGGAUUGGUGGACUGAUCGGGUUAGUUUUUCUGAAAUGGCUGUGAGUAAAAACCUUGUCAAGUCUUUGGAAGAGGGUAUGAAAGGAUAG